GCCGCAGGAGCGAAGGGCUGCGAGCGGCCGCGAAGCCCGGAGCCGCCGGUCGUGCGGGGCCGGUACCUGCUGGCAGCGGUGCCGAGGCGGCCGAGGCUGCCGCCCGCGGGGCACCGGGCAGGGGCAGAGCCCUUCUCGCCCUCCGCCCGUCGCCGGUGCGGCUCCGUGAGCUGCGGCGCACUGCGGGUGGGAGCGGGCCCGGGCCCGCCAGUAGAUGUUUUGAAAAUCCCCAAGGAAACAUGGUUUUUACACCUUUUUUUUUUCUUUUUUUUUUUUUUCAAAUAUACGCAAUAAAUUUUUGUCCUGAUUUUUCUCAAAUGAUUGAUCAAAACCUGAAAAUGUCUUGAGCGAGGUUCAAGCUGUUAACGGAUUGCGAGAGGCAAUGGGAGUGACGCGCAGGUGGGGCUCUGGGCUUGGACCCCUAAAUGACCUUUAUAUCCAAAUGCUGUAAUGCUUGAGAAGAUAUUAAAAAUUCCGUCGGUGGGAUUUUCAGGGAGGUGGUGGGUACAUACUGAGCAGCUGGGCCUGUUUCAAACCUUUGGAAAUCAAGUACGCCAAGGAGGAAAGCAAAUGUCAAAGACAGAAUAUGUUCAGACACUGAUUUGGCUUCAGUUUUGAUCCCACAUCGACACUUUCUCUGACUAAGCCAGGCUUAGUAACCUGAAAGCAAUAAGGAAAUGAGGCGGGAGCAUAUGGAGAGGAGGGAGCAUUAUGUCACUAAUGCAAGCAUCACAUUUCAAGGUGGAUUGACAAUAGUUGCUGAUGAUAAACUGUUCCUGAAUUUGUGUAUGGUGUGUUUGUUUUGUGGUUUUGUUUGUUUUGGAUUUGGGGCUUUUUGUUUGUAUGGGCGGUUUUAUUGUUUGGGUUGGUUUUGGGUUUUUGGUUUUGGUUGGUUGGUUGGUUGUUGUUUUUUUUUUCCUCCUGGUGUAUUCAAGUCACCCUGUGUCAAGCCAAAAGGCCCCAGACUCUGACUGGACGGUUCAGCCAACAGCUUGGUGGUAAACUUGUUUCUUCCAGUUUACUAAUUUCUCCCUGUCUUAGAAUUAACCUUGCUUCCUUCUAGUGUGUUUGCAAAAGAAAAGAGGUGGGCAGAAUCAUCUGUUCUCUUGGUAUUUCAUUGCUAAUCAGAACUAUUUCUGCUGGCCAGUUUUAUUCCACUGAUUAACCUGAUGCUUCUUAACUAGGCAAGACCUCAGCAUGCUACUCUGUUUGCAUUGAAUGGCCUUUUUUGUUUGGUAUACCUGUUGGGUUUUUAGCUGUCCCCAUCUCUUCCUAACUUUCAGUUUUAACUGUUCCCUAAGUGUUGUUUCUUCUGUUUACUUUUUUUCCAUAUUUUCUGUGCAGUAUUCUACCUGCUUCCAAUACUAAACAGUAGUCUGCUGUUUAACUGUAAACGUUAGGUUAAGAAAGCUUGUCUUACCUGGGGACAUGAGUAGUACCAUACAAAUUCUGGUACAAAAGGGAUAAAAAUAAGCAGGUGCUCUCAUUAUGCAUGACUUUUCUGCAUGAUCUGCAGCAGUCAUCCAACUGCUGACUUCUAACUGGGUCUUUAGGUCAUCCCAAUAACACCUACUUAGCUUUACUUCUCUUCAUCUUGCUCUCACUCGACUUUCGCUGUCUUUUGCUGGAACACCAUAGACUUCUCAUUGCAGUAUUGUCCUUUCUUGGAAGGUAUAUAGUUCAGUAUUCCUGCUGUGACAUAGUCCUAAAGAUGCAGUCCUGACCUGUAGCUUUUCCCCCAUCAAAUUAUGAGCAAGUAUCUAUUAUUACUUCUAAACUAUUUUUAUUUAUGAACAGGAAGACUACAUCUUUAACUGACUGAUCUGCAAAGGACUUGAGUUUGCUUCUAAUUCUUGAAGAACCAGAUUCUCCUUGUUAGGCAAAUAAUAAUCAGAAGACUGAAUAUAUGUAAUUUUUUAAAAACUGCACUGUGGUGCAAACAACAACAAAAAUGCCCUAAGGAGCCAACUCAAGCAAAAAUAAACAUGUUCAGAACCUUACUGAAAUCCCUUCUUUAAAAACCAACCGACCAACCAAAACAACAACAAAAAAACCUCAAUAAUAAGCAAAAAACCCCAUCAAACUUCAAGGUAUUUGGAAAGAUGAGAUCAACGUUUUGAAGAUUGCCUGCACAGAACAACCUAGGUAGCAUCCAUUGCUGUAUAGCCUGAUCACCUUUUGCACCAAUAAUAAAAAAAGCCAGUACAAUAUUUUUGAUCCUUUGUUUUUGUCUGACUUCCCUACUUUCACUAGGGGUGGGGGUGUUUCAUUUUUCAGCGAAAUCGUCUUAUUUAAGUGAGGCAUAGUUUAUACACAGCUGGCAAAAACAUACAAUGAUCAGACAUUAUUUUCACAGAUGACAUUCCUUAAUAUCUUCAGUCCCACAACAUGGAGGGUAUAAUAAGGGAGAUGGCUCCACAUCAUCGCUCUAAGUGCUCGCAGCAGACAGAUUGCAGAUUUGUUGCUUGACAGUAAUCAUUGAAAAUGCAGAAUAAUAAAGCUGGACCAUUAACCAAAGUGACGAUUUGUAAGGACAAAGAAGGAAAACCUAAGUCUUUUGGGUUUGUCUGCUUUAAGCACAAAGAAUCAGUGCCUUAUGCAAUAGCUUUGCUGAAUGGAAUCCGUUUGUAUGGAAGACCAAUUAAAGUACAGUAUCGGUUUGGAAGUUCUCACUCAUCAGAACUAAACAGCCCUACACAUGGUUUUGAGAACUAUAUUGACUUAUAUUCACCUUCAUAUAGGUAUCAAGAGCCUUAUGGAAAUCCUCCAUGUCCUGUUACUCCCUUUCCAAUGAACAAUAGUUUACCUCAUGAAUACUCAGGCUUUCAAAAGAUGAUGAACCAUUUUUUAGCGCAGCCGUACACAAUACAGUGUCCAAUGGGACAACAAUUUCCUUACUAUCAGAUGACUCCACCACUGCCUUCAAAUUUUAAGUCUGCACAGGGUUCUUUUGGAUUGGCCCUCCCACAUUCAAGUGACCGUGAAGAGCACCAGGUGGAUGAAAGGACCUCUAAAAGAAAGAGAGAACAGCAGAGUUGUGACAGUGACACUAGUGUUGAGGAUGACAAAAUGAGGCAAAGAGAGUGUCACCAAAAAUACAAGAAGUGCAAAGCCAAGAAAAAGAUACAUUGAUACUGUGUAACUGGAUUAAUCUUUUUUUUUUUAAUUAUAUUUGCUAUUUUUAUUUGAGAGAAAUUCAAUCUUUCAUCUUUGCACUUUACUAAAAAAGGAAUGUUCCAAGAUUCAUAUUAUUUUUGAAACGUGUUAUGCAUAAUGUAUACUGAUAGUAUAUUUAAUGUCAACCUAUUUAAAGAGGACAGUACUAUUUAAGGUGUAGGAAACAUUUAAGAAGAUUUGUUAAUAAAGGAAAAAAAAAAUUAGUUGUUUGCUCCCACCUCCUUCCAGGAAUCAUAGAAGGCUAUUAUUUCACUAAUAUGGUAACUUUAUGAAAAGGCAUAAUUUCAGCCACUCAUGAAGCUUACGUAUCACUUCCAUUGCUUAUGGAAUGUAUUUUUGUGAAUAGUGUAAGAAUUUUCUGGAGCCACUGAAGAAGUGAGCAGUCUGGAGAUUCUUAGUGUCACGUCAGAGAUGUGCUCCUCACUGAAGUAUCAACUCCUGUAACUUUUUUCCAACUUAGCUCUCUUGUUACUUUUGGUCAGAAUCACAUUGUAUGGUUAUUGGAACUGCUCUUUUCCAGUAGGAAGUUUGAGGUGGACUAUGGGCAUUUGCACUAACUCCAAGACUUACAUAUGUAUCGGUACUCAAAUGUAUGUACUUUAUGGCUGCAGUGUGUAUUGGCUAGAACUACAUGCAUCUUUAUAUAAAGUUACUGUCUGGUGUUUUAUUUGCUUAUUUGAGAAUCUAAAUCUUCAUUGUAACAACUGGAUGAAAAAUUUAAUGAGGAUCUAUCUCAUCUAAUCGAUAACACAAAAGCAUGAGUCAGUGGAGUUAGUACUACCUCUUAAGAAGGAAGAGUUUUUCACUUGUGUAGCAGAGGAAGAAUAAGCUAUAUCUCAUAUUGUGAUUAAAGGAGUCAAAUGACCUGUUUAUUGUCUUUCACAACUGCUGCCAACAACCUAUAGACAGAUACAGGGGUAUUGUUUUACGGAGUACAGGUGAAACACUUCUAAGAUCCUAUUACAUGAGAAAGCAAAACACUUAAUUUUCAUCUAUUUAAUAUUGCUUACAGUUAAGCCUUCUGUUCAGACUAGGUGUAGGCUUCAAAUUGAACCUGACAAUAAAAAAGGGUUUUGGCUUUAUUAAACUCAGUUUUCUUGGUUAUAACAUUUGAUUGCUUGAAAGGAAGACCUUUCAUCCUUAUACUGGUAUUGAGAAAGACUAUCCAGGUUUACUGGUUUAAAGGUGAUGUGUUUUAUAAGCCCAAAUAAGUUUCAGAAACGGAAGAAUGUUUAACUUGGAACAAUUUCUCUUUUUUCUGAUAAGAUAAAUCACAGCUAAUAAAAUCACUUUGUCAACACUGUUUUUAACUUUCCAAAUGGAUUUCUCCUUGAGCCUGAGACAUUCCUGUAAUGCCACAGUAUGGCACCCUUGAAAUGACAUUAGCAACUGAAUUCAACCUUCUCUAGAAAGAAUUUAUGUAACAAAGGUUUGUGCCUUAAAUACAAUUUAUGCCUUAUGUUUUAAGAGAUUUGCUAAGUCUUCCCAAUCCCUUUUCCUUUCCCCCUCUACCUUUUCACACAAACACUUACCUCUUUAUCUUUUUUUUUUUUGUUUUGUUUUUUUUCCCCCAACCAGUAACUUUAGGACUAAGCUAUGUAAAUGUAAUCUGACUUCUGUUGGAAGAUUAUACCAGUAAGUCACUGACCACAAAAGUUGCCACAAUAAUGGAAAAAAUUAACAAGUAAAAUACACUGGAUUUCUUUCAACCCAUUCUUUAUGUUAAAGAACUUUAAAUAUAAUUGAGUAGAGGAAGAAUAUGUUAACAUCAGCUUAAGUUAGAAGUGAAGUGCAUCAGACAAAAGAGAAACAGAUGGAUGCUCAAACCAGAGUUAGCCCAGAGAAAGAGAAGCUUAGUCAGGUGUGUACUAAUGUGUCCCUACCCAACUUCCCCAGUGGAUAGAUAAGAUAAUCUGUUCUAUGAAAUUAUCCUUUACAAAAGGAAUGUCAAGGAGGAUCAUAUUGCAUAUGGCUGGUAAAAUACCAGUACAGUUCUUAUACAGAAAUAUUUUUUCUUACCCUCUUUCUUCCCAGUCUUUUUUUUUUUUCCUGAAGGAGGUACAAAUUUCAACACCUCUCAAUAUCUGCUUACCUAAAACUCAUCAGUGGGUUAAAAGAAGAAAAGCUGCACAUGUGAGGAUGUACUAAAGUUACUGUAGCCAUAUCUAAAUUUCUUGGCAAUUAAGUUAUCACUUAAGGGCCCCGUUGAUAUUUUAAUUGCAUUGUCUCCAUGUAUAGCUAAUAAAAUACUCAAAAAUAAACCUGCUUGAGUUUGGCCUUGACCAGUAUUUCUUCAACCCCCUAUCUGUUCUAGUAACUUUUAAAAAUUCUUCAUGAAUAUGAAAUGAAUGUUUUCUAUGUUAGUUCUCAUUCUAAAUUAUUGUUAUUUUGUCCUGGUUUUUCACUUCCCAUGCUACUAGCUGGCCACAAGAUUUUGCUUUCCCUGCUGUGACAUAAGUCUUGCAUUUAGACUUGUUUUUCUGUAUUUUAUCAUAUGGAAUGCAGUGCAUAAAUAUUUCUGUUACAAUCUCUCAAACUUUGGACAAAUUAGGAUCACUGCAGUCAGUGAUAUGUUCUCAUUUAGGUUGGCAAUAUGCCAGGUCAACAAGAAUCAAAGGGGUGGUGCCAUAUUAAUUAUAGAGUAAGAUCAAAGUACAGAUUUUUAUUAACUUCUGGGAAAACUUUAUGUUCAGGAAAAGAGAAAAGUGAAACUAGAAGGUAUUGAGAAAUAAGAAAGGUCAAAACUAACUUAUUUGGUAUGUGAUCUGCCAGAGUUUUCAGUGCUGCAGCAGCCUGGUUCCAGAGGUAAGCCGGUAUUUCACCUCUCCAUCCCAGGUGGAGCAAGUAGUUCAGUCAACAGCAAGCACGUGCUUUCUAUGUUUUAUCUGAAAGUGUUUCAAAUUGGAUCUGUUCACCAGCAAACAGCACUGCAGUGCCCUGCUGUAGGUGAGAGGCACAGCGAGUGUCACGAAGCAGCCCAGUAUGGAAGUACUGUUUUUGUUUGUCAUUUUGUGAUGCAUUAAACUUCUAGCAGCACACAUGCAGCUGAGAGCUAGUAAAAAAAAAAAAAAAAGUCUUUUUAUAUGUUUAG